AUGGACUCCCAUGUUCGAAAUGUGGGUAUCAGUGCAAUCGAAAUCUACUUCCCCAAAAGCGCUGUCAGUCAGAAGGAUUUAGAGAAGUUUGAUGGUUGCUCUGGAAAGUAUGCAGUUGGUCUUGGGCAAGAAGAAAUGGGCUUCUGUGCUGACAAUGAAGAUGUUGUCUCACUUUCGCUGACGGUCACAGACGCUCUCCUCCGUAAUUACGAUAUAGACCCAUCAUCAAUUGGAUUUCUUGCUGUUGGUACUGAAACGCUCAUCGACAAAAGCAAAAGUGUUAAGACCGAAUUAAUGCGCCUUUUUGGUGACAAUCUUGACAUAGAGGGUGUUGACGUCAAAAAUGCUUGCUUUGGUGGUACUCAAGCAAUAUUUCAUGCUGUUGACUGGAUAUAUGCAAACUACGCUACAGAGAAACGGAAUGCUAUCGCCGUUCUUGCUGACAUAGCGAUAUACGCACCGGGGCCUGCGAGAGCUACUGGUGGAGCUGGAGCCAUUGCUGUACUCAUUACUCCCGAUGCUCCAUUGGCAUUUGAUCGUGGGCUUCGGGCGACGCAUAUGACGAGUUCUUGGGACUUCUAUAAGCCUAUUGGUAAAGUCUCAAGCGAAUAUCCAACUGUCGAUGGACCGGUCAGUUUACAGUCGUAUAUGAAUGCCCUUGACGGUUGCUAUCGGUGCUAUAAGGAGAAAGCUUCAAAAAUUUACGGACAAGAUCUGACGUUAUCAUCCUUCUCAGCUGCCAUGUUCCAUUCACCAUUCACACGUAUGGUUCAGAAAGCGUUGGCACGUUUGGCUUAUAGAGACUACGAACAGGGAAAUACGGAAUUCAAGAGUGCUUAUUCAGCUCUCGGUACAUUGCCUUUGCUUUCUCUCGAUGAUCGAGACGUAAUGAAGUGCCUUCUCAACGCGUCUGAAGAAUUGUGGAAAUUAAAGACCGAACCAUUUCUUACGUUGAAUCGCCGCAUCGGGAAUAUGUACACACCGUCCUUAUUUGCACAACUAUUGGCUUAUAUUGCUUCUGGUCAUUCUGAUGAGAUAAAUCGAAUACUGUUGUUUUCGUAUGGUAGCGGAUCAGCGUCUGCGAUGUUCUCUGUCACUGUUGACGUUUCGAAUGAACGACUGCGCCGGAUGCAAGAAGUUUCUUGUGACGCUAUUGCUCGACUAGAAGAACGCAAUAUUUGUACCCCAGAAGAAUACACAGAGGCGCUGAGAAUGCGCGAAAAUUUUCUGAGAUCUGAUGUGCCCGUGACUCCAAAAGCGAACAUUUUUGUUCACUCUUCAACAAUUCUCUUCCCGGGAACAUACUAUCUUACAACUAUGGAUGAGAAAUAUCGCAGGACGUACGAACGGACGCCAUUAUCUGAUACUGCUCACGGCGAUAACGGCGGCUUUGUCAACGGAAUUAGCACCAUGACUACUGACUGCAACGCUAUUCCAUGA